UCUUAUAUAUAUAUAUUGAUUGAUAGACACACAACACAACACAACACAACACAACCGUCCUCACUCACUCACAAUCCACAAACACCCCACUUAAUUGGUGUCUACACUCCAAAUCAAAACUCCCAAUCAAAACGCGUAAAUGGACUUGUUGAAUCGAUGCUCUUCAGUGAGCUCCUCCUCCUCCGACUGCUCCUCUGACUCCUCGAGCCACGGGGAGAGGAUCAAGGGGCCGUGGAGCGCGGAGGAGGACAAGAUCCUGACCCGCCUGGUGGACCGCUACGGCCCCCGCAACUGGUCCCUCAUAAGCAAGUACAUCCGGGGCCGCUCCGGCAAGUCCUGCCGCCUGCGCUGGUGCAACCAGCUCAGCCCCGACGUCGAGCACCGCCCCUUCUCCCCCGCCGAGGACGACGCCAUCCUCGCCGCCCACGCCCGCUACGGCAACCGCUGGGCCACCAUCGCCCGCCUCCUCCCCGGCCGCACCGACAAUGCCGUCAAGAACCACUGGAACUCCACCUUGAAGCGCCGCCACCAGCCACAGCCGGACGAGCACGAUCCCAUGACGGCAUUGUCGCUGGCGCCGCCCGGGAUCGGCGCCGCGCCGGCGGGGUUUUGGGACCAGAUGAGGAAUGUGAUCGCGAGGGAGGUGAGGGACUACGUUACGACGUCGUUUCAGGAGACUUCCACCGCGUUUCGUUUGUCAUAAUAUAUAUUGCUACAAAUAUAAAUGGCGUUUAAUUUGUCGUCUACUGCUAGUUUUAAUUAAUUAAAUAUUUUAAUGUUGAUGUUUCUGUUAUUCUCGAUAAUUAUUUGAGUUUGGGAAUAUUUGCAAUUUCUUUUA